AUGGAAUGCAUGGAUGUUGCAUGGAAGCCACGUGUUGGGUUACAGUUUGACACUCUUGAAGCAGCAUGGAAAUAUUGGUGUGAAUAUGGAAGGAUAACAGGAUUUGGUGUGAGGAAACAAUACUGGAAUAGGCGAAAGGUUGAUGGUGUUAUUUCAUCUUGUCGGUAUGUUUGUUGUAAAGAGGGACAUCGAAAAGAUGAUAAAAGAACAGUGAUGAAGCCCAGGGCAGAAACUAGGACUGAUUGUCUUGUAAGAAUAACAUUAUUUUUAGGAAGCAACAACAAAUAUGUUGUACAUGAGUUUGUUGAAGAGCAUAAUCACCCAUUACAAGUUCCAGAAACAACACACAUGCUUGCUUCACAUCGUAACAUAACUGAAGUCCAAGCUCAUCAAAUCGAUUUGGCCGAGUCCUCAGGAUUGCAACAAAAAUCCUCAUUUCAGCUAAUGAGCACACUUGCAGGACAUCGAACUAAUGUUGGCUAUACUCCUCUGGAUGCAAAAAAUUAUUUGAAGGCUAAGAGACAAAGGGGAAUGUUAUAUGGAGAAGUUGGUUGCUUAAUGGAAUGCUUUCAGCGACAGUUAAUUGAGAACCCAUCAUUUUUUCAUGCAUACCAAAUGGAUGCUGAGGAACAAAUCACAAAUGUUUUUUGGGCAGAUGCGAAGAUGGUAAUUGAUUACAGGUGUUUUGGUGAAGUCAUAUCAUUAGACACUACAUAUUGCACCAACCAAACUAAUAGACCUCUAACCUUGUUUUCAGGUUUUAAUCAUUAUCAAGGUGUUGUUAUCUUUAGGGCAGCCCUGUUGUAUGAUGAAACAGCAGAAUCCUUUAAGUGGUUAUUUGAGACAUUCUUGGAAGCACACAAUCAAAAACAACCUCAAACAAUUUUUACAGACCAAGAUCAAGCUAUGGCCAAGGAGAAAUGGGCAUCAUGUUAUCUCAAGGAUGUGUUCACCCUUGGAAUGCGAAGUACUCAAUUAAGUGAAAGUCUAAACUCUGAUUUUAAGGCAUGUAUGAAACCUGGUGUUGGUAUCAAACAAUUCUUUGCUCACUUUGAACGAGUUGUCGAAGACAAGCGUUACAAUGAGCUGAAACAUGAGUACGACUUUCGCUAUAAGCUACCCAUGUUGCGGUAUGAGGUAGAAGGAGAUCCUAAACUUAGUACCAUACGUCGAUACCGUCACCUAGCAGGUAAAAUGAUUAGGUUGGCCUGUGACGUUUCUACUUCAGAAGAAUAUUGUCAGCUAGUUGAUGACAAUAUUAACAACUUAAUUAGCAAAAUCACAAAGCUUCGACUACAAACAAAUAGUCUUACGGAUAAAUAUAAGGAUGAUGCACAAAUGUCGGCCAAUAAUAAUGGUACACAACCUAGGGGAUUCAAGCUCCGACCAAGCACUAAGAGGAAAGGGAAUAAACGUUUCAAAAGUUGGGUUGAGCUACAAGCAAAUAGAAAGAAGAGCAUAACUCCAAUUUUAGAUCAAUCAACAUCUCAGGGACCACUUCAUGAUAUCAAUGAUUCUGGCCUGGAUGAUAUUUGA